AUUAAGCCUUGAAAGAAGAACAAAAGAAAAGUUAAAAGAAAAGCUGAUUACAGCUAAUGAGUUAUAUGAUACGUUUUAACAUGUUGCAAGGUGAUAGACAUUAAUAUUUUGAAAGGAGAUGUUAGCCCGGAUACAGUAGAAGCUAUUAACGAAUUACGGAGUAAAAUUGAAAAUAUAUACAAUAAAAUUCAAUAUUUUUGUACGAGCAGUCACAUUGUAAAGUCAAACACCAUGGAGAAAUUCGACCUCAAAACUGCGGUCCACCUCUUACCUGUAAUGACGGGAGAGGAAGAUAUUACAAAAAAGCUAAUUGAUUCUAUCGAAUUAUACAAAUCAAUGUUAGAUCAGGACAGUAUUCCUAAGUUAGUUAAUUUCAUACUUGGAGCGCUGGUGGCCUGGCGGUUCACCGAUGGGUUGCGGAACCCAAACUUAGGGCUCAUACUCUCAGCUAGGAACCUUCCAACAUUAAAGGACGCAAUUCAGGCCGCAAAGGACGAGGAGAUAUCGUCCAUAAGAGGUAUCGACGAGCCUUCAAUCUUCGUCAAUCAAAGAGGUUUUCCAGGUCAAUCGUACCACCCACGCGCAGGCCGUGGUUUUUACAGCCCGCGCAGGGGAAUGACCAACAAUAUGGACAUGCGGUAUUCGUACGACAAGAACCGGGCCUUGCGAGGUACGUACGCUCAGAAUAAUAUUGGUCGCGGGUUAAGUAAUCCGAGCCGAGGAUUCUAUAGAGGCAGAUCCGGUUACUCAUUUAACCGGGGGUAUAGUAGGCAGCCAAACAUAUAUGUAGCAGAGGAGCAGGAAACCCAACCUUCGACAUCUAAUAAUGACAAUCGGGAAACUCACAAUACAUCUGAAAACCCGAGUUACGAUUUUUUUCGUCCCUAA